CGACCCGCCUCCUCACAGCGGCGGGGCUGAGGCGGCGCCGCGCUUCCGGCCUGGCCGGGCCUUCCGCUGCCGGCGGCUGAGGUGAUGGCGGCGGGCGGCAGCGACCCGCGGGCGGCGGACGUGGAGGAGGACGCCUCGCAGCUCGUCUUCCCCAAGGAAUUUGAAACUGCGGAAACUCUUCUAAAUUCAGAAGUACAUAUGCUUCUUGAGCACCGUAAGCAACAGAACGAGAGUGCAGAAGAUGAGCAGGAGCUUUCAGAAGUCUUCAUGAAAACCUUGAACUACACAGCACGCUUCAGCCGCUUCAAAAACCGAGAAACCAUCGCCAGCGUCCGAAGUUUGCUGCUCCAGAAAAAGCUCCAUAAGUUUGAGCUGGCGUGUUUGGCUAACCUGUGUCCUGAGACGGCUGAGGAAGCAAAAGCCUUGAUUCCCAGCCUGGAGGGCCGAUUUGAAGAUGAGGAAUUACAGCAGAUUCUUGACGACAUUCAGACUAAACGCAGCUUCCAGUACUAAGGUUAACCCUCAGCCCCUUCAUCUGAGCAGAAAAACCUGGGAACUGUGACUGCUUCUCAGCCCUCUGGACCAACCCAGCUCCUUGCUGCGCGAGGGGAGCUGUGGAUACAGAGUACCCCAGCACCGUGUCACCCACAGGUGCUGGAGGGCAGUGUGGUCCUCCUCCUUUGUUCCACCUGUCUGUUGGUAAGGACACCUGUAUUGUGAGAGCCGAAGAACCUGAAAAGCCUUUUCCCAGUGGCUCAAGUAUUUGUUUGUUCCAAAUCCCUCUCCUGGAUUUGGGCAUUUUCAAUGUGAUUCUGUUGUGACUACUUUUUUUUUUUUUGUGAACUUCUAAAAGAGAUGGAGAAACUUGUUCUUGACUCUUGGAAGUUUUAGUUGUGGGUGGCAUCAAUUUCUGUCGUGGUUUUUUUGCUUUGUUUUGUUUUUUUUUUUUUUUUUAAUUGUGUGAUGAGGACUGGAUUUAUUGACAUCUUCAAUACUUUUCUAUUUUUGUUUAGUGUAAAUAAAAAGAUUUCUAAUUACGGCCA